AUGAUAAAUCUUGUUGUGGUAGGUAUAGUUCAUAAGAGUAUCUAUAACGUACCAUCUUCUCUGCAGCAAAAUUUUAGGGAAAGGAUUGAGCCUAAUAAGCUAAAAAUCCCAAAACGUGUAUUGCAAGUUAUAGAUGAAGAGCUUACGAAACUGGAGGUGUAUAAGGCCGGUCACGACUUUACUAUUGCCCGUAACUACCUUGACUGGUUGACCGUUUUGCCCUGGGGAAAUUACAGUGGUGAGAAUUGUGAUGUCACGAGUGCAGAAAAGAUUCUUGAUGAGGAUCAUUAUGGCUUAUCUAAUGUAAAACAAAGAAUAAUAGAACACGUUGCUGUUGAAAAACUUGGAGGCACUUCACAAGGGAAGAUCAUUUGUCUUGCGGGUCCUCCCGGUGUUGGUAAGACUAGCAUUGCGCGUUCGAUUGCGCGUGCUCUUCACCGUAAUUUCUUUCAAUGCUCUGUUGGAGGGCUAUCUACGGCUGCUAACAUUAAGGGGAUUCCUCGAACAAGACACAACGGCACACCAGGAAAGAUGGUGCAAUGUCUAAAAAGUGUGGGAACACAGAAUCCUGUUGUUUUGAUUGAUGAGGUUGAUAAGCUUGGAAGACACAUCACUGGCGACACGGUCGACGCCUUGUUGGAGCUUCUUGAUCCAGAGUUGAAUGCAAAUUUUAUGGACCACUAUCUCGACGUUCCCAUUGACCUGUCAAAGGUUUUCUUUGUAUGCACAACAAAUGUAAUAGACAAGAUUCCUACUCCUCUGUUAAACAGAAUGGAAGUGAUUACUAUUGCAGGAUAUCUCUUUGCUGAUAAAAUGCAUAUAGCUAGAGACUAUUUGGAGAAAACCGCAAGAAAAGAUUGUGGCAUUAAGCCUGAAGAGGUUGAUGUAAGCGAUUGUGCUCUUCGUUCCCUGAUAGAAAAUUACGGCAAAGAAGUAGGAGUUCGAAAUCUCCAGAAGCAUAUUGAGAAGAUUUACCGCAGGAGUGCUCUCAAACUAGUACGAGAUGAUAUAUCCGAUACAACACUAAUUGAAACAGUUAAAAAGGUUUCGAUCAAAGAAUCGAACCUUGCAGAUUAUGUUGGCAAACCGAUCAGUUUCGAGACCAAAGUAGAAAAGAUCUAUGAGCAGAUCCCGGUCGGGGUUUCAGUGGGUCUAACGACUAGAGGAAUAGGGUACAUUGAGACCAACGUUAUAGAAGAAGAGAAAGGCAAAGGCGGCCUCUCUGUCAUAACGGGCCAGCUUGGGAAUGCGAUGAGAGAAAGUGUGCAGGUCGCUAGCACGGUUGCCAGAAGAUUCUUGCUCGAGAAAGAACCCGAGAACCCGUUCUUUGCGAAUUCCAAGCUUCAUCUACAUGUUACAGGUAGUAGUAACAAAAAAAAUGAAGGUCUAAGCGGAGGCUGCACCUUUAUCACUUCCUUGCUAUCACUCGCCAUGAAGAAACCUGUGAAGAAAGAUCUUGCAAUGACUGGAGCAGUCAAUCUAACCGGUAGAAUUCUUCCAAUAGGCGGCGUGAAAAUGAAGACUGUAGCUGCAAGGCGUAAUCAGAUUAAGACGAUAAUAUUUCCAGCUCUUAACCGGCGAGAUUUUGAGGUGCUCCCACAAGACUUAAAAGAAGGGCUUGAUGUUCACUUCGUGGAUGAAUAUGACCAAAUAUUCGAUAUAGCAUUUAACUAUGAUGACCAUUAG